AGGAAGAAAGUGUCGCAGAGACUUGGGAACAGAGCUUGGGGAUCGAAAACGUCAGGCCUGGCUUCUUCCUCAGGCCGCUCUAGCCAAAGGAACCAUAAAGACUAGACUAGGGCGUCUCCGUUUCCUCCUCUCUGUGGUUCCGCCUGCAGCUUCCGCUUCCGGGGAGGGGCCUAAUUUUUCUUCGAAGAUUAGGGUUUCUGCGCUAUAGGUACGAUGGCCGUGGUGCCGCUACUGUUGUUGGGCGGUUUGUGGAGUGCUGUGGGAGCGUCCAAUCUGGCUGUCGUUACAUGCGGCUCUGUAGUGAAGCUACUCAAUACGCGCCAUAACGUGCGACUGCACUCACACGACGUGCGAUAUGGGUCAGGUAGUGGGCAGCAGUCAGUGACAGGUGUAACCUCUGUGGAUGACAGCAAUAGUUACUGGAGGAUACGGGGGAAGACCGCUACAGUGUGUGAGAGGGGAACCCCCAUCAGAUGUGGCCAACCCAUCCGGCUGACACAUGUCAACACUGGCCGAAAUCUCCAUAGUCACCACUUCACCUCACCUCUUUCUGGGAACCAGGUGUGGUGGCAUCCUGAAGUGAGCGCUUUUGGUGAGGAGGGUGAAGGCGAUUAUCUGGAUGACUGGACAGUGCUCUGUAAUGGGCCCUACUGGGUGAGGGAUGGUGAGGUGCGGUUCAAGCAUUCUUCCACUGAAGUUCUGCUGUCUGUCACCGGAGAACAAUACGGUCGACCCAUUAGUGGGCAAAAAGAGGUACAUGGCAUGGCCCAGCCUAGCCAGAACAACUACUGGAAAACCAUGGAAGGCAUCUUCAUGAAGCCCACUGAGUUGUUAAAGACAGAAGCUCAUCACGCAGAGCUGUGAGUCUGGAAGCUGUGAGCCAGUGCCACUGCACAGUGUUCAUGACAUUUGCUGCUGCUGCUCCACCUUGGGAUCCCUGCCACAGGUUCCCCGGGCAGUGGCCUUGUCACCACUGAGAUGAAGAUGCAUGACAGAAUACAGUGGCUGUGGCUGGAAGCUUCAGCCCUUCACACUUGAAUUGGUUGUUCUCCCAGACUUUGGGUCAGUUCUUUUUGAGUACAGGACUUGCUGGUGAAGGAGCACAUACUUUUUGUUCGUAUCGAUAAAACAGAAACUGAGGGAGAUACCUCUCUUAGUUGGGAAAUUUUUACUCCUCAGAAGCUUGGCAUCAUGGAUUAUUGAUGUGUGACUUUUCUCCUACUUUCUCCAGAAUGAUAAAGAAUUUCAUUAUUAGUCAUCAUGUUGUCAUUUAUUAGGUGUGCUAUUUCAUAAUCUGAUUGAUCCUUGAGUCUUAUGAGAGUCACCGCUACUACUCUUGAGAUGCUGGAAACCUUUGGUGUGGGCCCUUUUAAGAGCCUUAUUUGCAUCCAAACUUUUUCUCUGUUUCCACUUUCCGAGCACCUCAGUUUUACUAGAUUUUUGACUAAUUAUGGCUAAAGACCCUCAAGGAAUACAGCUUAAUAAAUAGCCAAUAAAAUGUUUUACUCUGAA